AUGCCUCGAAUCUCAAAAGCGGUCAAACAAGACCAUGCCCUCAUCAAACGCGCCUUUCGACGCCUUCGGGAAGCCGACCCAGACACCCGUAGGCCAGAAGAGUUCGUUUGGGCUUUGGACCGAUACCUGAUAGUGGAGGACCUUGUUGUGUCCCCGGCUCUUGAUAACCACAUUGCACGUGGAGGCGAGAGACACCGAAGACUAUCGGAUGAUUUCGACAGUAUGAACGCAAAGUUACGACACAUGCACAGGUUUAAACCUGCCGAGCCCAGUUUCGACUCGUCACUCAGCGCCAUAUGGGUCGACCUGGAACCUCACAUCAGGGAGGAGACGAGCGGCGACUUGAACUUGCUGGAGGAAAGUCUUUCAGAGGCCGAAUCUGAAGCGCUGGGAAAGAAAUACGAGGAUAUCAAGGAACUUCUACAGAGACCCUACGGUGACAACGGCAUCCCGGAUGAGAGGACUCUGGCCGCCAUUUUGGAGAUGCCCCGGCAAGAGCUGAUGGCGAAGGUCGGAGUUUCGGGGGAGUAG